CGUCCCGUAGAACGAACGCGGCCAGAAGAACAGUUUAAUUAGAAUAAUCAUAAAAUUCAUUAACUUGGAACUAUUGCAGUGUUCGGUUUUGAAGUAAAAUUAUUUUAUUUUUAUAUUGUGCUUCGUUCCAUGCGUUUUGUUGAAAGCAAAAUACAUUUACUCAGCGAAUUAUCGUGAUAAGCUGAUCGUCCCUGCUGUAAAAAGUUUAUCUCGGCGAAUUGUUGUUAUCAGUGAAUCGGUCCAAAUUUCUUCUCCUUCAAAUAGCCGCCUGUGCCGUAUUGCCACCCUCCCGACCUAUCACCGCACCCCACAAAAGCACACGACGCACCGCACCGCAUACAUACGAAUGGGGUAUGGCUCGCCGCACUGACCCCCCAGCAUCAAACAUCUAUCGCCAUCCCCACCACCAACACAAUCGUCGGGGGUUUGCUUCUAUCGACGAUUUUAUCGGCUUAAAUUGAAACCAUCGCCACCACCGGUCUGCGCUCGAUGACGAUGACGACGAUCUGGCAGAGCGUCUUGCGCAAGUGGUGCGGCAACAUCGUGGUCCGUGUUGUUUCGUCGUCCACUCCCAGGGGCGGCGCCUUAUCAUCCCAGUCGGAAGUAGUGAUUUGUGUUCCUUCGAAAGGGGCUUCUCCCUAGCGUACUCUGCCCUCUCUCUCUCUCUGUUUGUUGUGUUCGUAGUUCCUUGUUGUGAUGGCGUAAGGUUCAAGUGGUGUUUAAGUGGCAACAACAACAGCGGCAAACAACGGUCCCCAAUUACUCCUCCCCUAUUCACCCGCGCCCAAUCCCCCCGAAAUGGCAGCAACCGAUCGGCAAUACAUCGCUACGCUCGACGUUGGCACAACGACGAUUCGGUGCAUCAUCUACGCAGCCCCAACAAACGAACAACCGGUCACGGUCGGCACCGCCUAUGAUCAUGUUGAUUUGAUCUAUCCAGCUCCAGGGUGGGUUGAAAUAAGCCCCGAAAAACUGUGGACCAGUGUGCUGCAAGUGAUCCGACAUGCGACGGAAGAUGCCAACCUGAAGAUCGAACAGCUCACCUGCUUGGCGAUAGCGACGCAGCGGAACAGCUUUACCUGCUGGAAUCGGAACACGGGCCAGGUGUAUCACAACUUCAUCACCUGGAAGGAUUUGCGGGCCGAUCAACUUGUGAAGGACUGGAAUGAGAGUUUCACGCUCCGUUUGCUGAAAUUCGGUGCAAGCGUGCUGCAUUUCGUUACCCGCAGUAAGCGGUUUCUGGCGGGCAGCGUGAUCAAGCUGAUGAAUCCACAGAUCACGCUACGGUUGGCCUGGGUGCUGCAGAACAAUCCUUCCGUGCAGGAGGACCUAAAGCUCGGUAGCGUUCUGUACGGGACGAUCGAUUCCUGGCUCCUGUAUCGUUUGCGCCAGGGCACGGAUCUUACGAAGCAGGUGGAGCAUAUAAGCGACGUGACCAACUGCACCUCGACCGGAAUUUACGAUCCUUUCGGGCAAGAGUGGGCCGGUUGGGCAUUAAAUCUGUUUUCCAUUAAGAAAGAGCUGCUACCAAAGGUGGUGGACAAUUCGUACGACUUUGGCCACGUGCACGAGACACUGCUGGGGGCGAGAAUCAAAAUAGCCGCCUCGGUAAGCGACCAGGCGGCUUCGCUGUGGGGCAACUGUUGCUUCGAGCGGGGCGACGUGAAGAUCACGAUGGGUACGGGCUCCUUUCUGAACGUGAACACUGGAACAAAGUGCCUUGCCUCGGUGCACGGGCUGUAUCCGCUGAUCGGCUACAAGCUGCGGGGCGGAGCUGGUUCGCCGCCGGACAUUAUCUACCUCAUGGAGGGCUCGUCCAACGAUACGGGCUCCAUCAUCGAAUGGGCCCUCAAUGUGGGUUUGUUCGACGAUCCGGCCGCAAGUGCCGCGAUGGCACUGUCGGUGCCCAACUCGGACGGUGUCCUCUUCGUACCAGCGUUCAGUGGACUUGGUCCACCGAUUCGUGACGAUACUGCCGGAAGUGGAUUCAUUGGCAUUAAGCCUUCCACGCGCAAAGAGCACAUGGUGCGCGCUCUGCUGGAAAGUCUCGCGUUUCGCGUGGCCCUCCUGUACGACUGUGCGCUGCGGGAAACGGGCUUCUCCUUCACCUGCAUCCGGGUCGAUGGAGGGGUUUCGAAGAACGAUUUCAUCUGCCAAACGCUGGCCGAUCUGACCGGGAUCGAGGUGGAACGAGGCGAGGUGGCAGACUCGUCCGCACUGGGGGCAAUGUAUAUGGCCGGGCUGAACUGUGGCAUCUGGAGCACGAAACGGCAGCUGGCGGAGCUAAGGAAGGUGGACAAAACAUUCGCACCCGAUGGGGCGCAACGUGCGAAACGAUUGAAGCAGAUGCGGGCAUGGGAGCGGGCAGUGGAUCGGUUUAAAAAGUGGUACAUGCUGGAGGACAUUAAAAACCUAGACUGACAAUGUGAUAUUUUUUAUACCGUGGUGUGGCAAAGGUACAAUAAAAAUGGAUCGUUUGCGUUAACGCAAUCAUGUUGGCUUAAA